AUGAGCUAAAUGAAAAAUACCAAAAGAAUUCAUUCAUCAGAUGGAUCAAUAUCAAUCGAAUAACUUAGAACAAUUUGUCCUGACUAAUAUGUUACUUUUGAAAUUUUUGAUCUUGCAUUUAAAUAAAUGUGGUCUGUCGUCAACAAAUUAGACAUGUAAUAAUUGUAGCAAAACAACAAUGAUAAAUUGUUUGAAUUAGAAAAAAGAAUUUUAAAUCUAGAGGAUGUUAUUCAUAAAUUAACCUGCAUUACACCUGCUAUUCCUGAAUCUCUAUAAUAAUAAAUUGCAGAAUUAACUGACAAUAGUAAAAGAAUUAUAGUCGCUAUACCAUAAAAAUUUGAUCAAAUCUAAAAUGAUAUUAUUGAAAAAGAUGAAAGAAUCAAAUCUGUAGAAGAUGCUUGUACAAUCUUGACAAGAGUCUUAAACGACGUAUAAACUGAAUAUGAAGAUCGAAAAGAUUAAGUAUAAUUCUAUUAGAUAAAUUUUAGAUUGAUAGAAUGGAAUCUGAUCUAUUUAAUAUAUUUAAACAAUUCCAAACUGUCUUAAAAUUGGAAUAAGAUUAUUCAAACAUAUAGACUGAAAUCUAAAACAUUACUAAAGCUAUUAAUGAAAUUUAUUAAUUUAUUUGA